AUGAGAGGAAAAGAAUAUAAUGCUAAAGAAAAGAGAGAAAAAGUAAAGGAAUUAGAUAUCAGUGAAACUCUCGAUUGCUCUCAUAAUGCAAUUACCAAUUUAAACCUUAACAAUUGUCGACAAUUAAAAAAUAUCAGUUGUGGUUUUAAUAAACUUACUAAUUUAGACUUAACUAAUUUAAAUCACUUAGAAAGAAUUGAAUGCUGUGAUAAUUAUCUAAAAAGUUUUGAUUAUUCCUCUUUAAAUCUUGAUAAAUUAACUUAUUUAAACAUCACUGAUAAUAAUCUUCUGGAACAAGAUUUAUCAGUUUUUAAACCUUUAGAUGGUUUAGGUAAACUAAAAAGUUUGCAUGUUUCUAAUACUAACAUCGAUAGUGGUUUAGAAUACUUACUAGAAAGUGUAAAUGAAAUUUAUUGUUCUAGUGAAGAAAGACCGGAAAAAAAUAACUACCCUAAUAAAGAAAACACUACUGAAAUAGUUUUUGAUAUUGAAAAAGGCAUUAAAAACAUCACCAAAGUUACCAUUCGCAAUUGUCCAAAAUUAAAAGAAGUGAAUAUUAAUAAUUUUGUUGAUAGUCAGCAAUUAGAGAUUAGUGAGUGUGCGAAUUUGGAAAUGUUUAGGUGUGGGAAUAAUCAAUUGACUGAACUAAAUUUAAGUCAAAAUAAAUUACUCAUUGAAAUUGUUUGUGCUAAAAACAAACUAACCCAAUUAACCUUACCUAAUCAGUCAGAUAAUUUACAAAAAUUAAUUUGCUAUGAAAAUGAACUAACUAGUUUAGAUUUCUUAAAGAGUUGCCAUCUGCCAAAGUUAGAAUCACUUGUUUUAAAUGAUAACAAUUUUCCUCCCCAAGAUUUAGAAUUCUUUGUUCCUUUUAGAGAGUUAAAAGUGUUACGAAUAGAUGGAAUAGAUAAACCAAGUUAUUUUACUGGUUCCUUAAAACCUUUACAAGAACUGAAAAAGUUGGAAAUACUUAACAUUGGUGGCACCGAUAUCACUCACGGUUUAGAAUAUUUACCAGAGAGUGUGAAAGAAAUUGAUUGCACACCUAAUAGACCUAAUGCCAAAGUAUCCGACAUUUACGAAGAACUCCAAACUGAGACUGAACAAGAACGAGAGUUGAGGACAGAAGAAAAUUAUAACACCUCAGCACCAAGAACUAGUCAUGAAAAACAAACUAGUAAAGCUGGAUUACCAAUUACUAAUUCAGCUAGUCAGGCAAUCAUCGAUCAACUCUGCAUGAACCAAGAAGAUCAGCACGAGAAGAGUGAAGAGGUGUCAAAAAUGGGGAAGUAUUAUGAUAAUUCAGCAUUAACUUUAAUCGCUAUGGACAGUGAAGUUGUGUUGCAUCAACCAUCUUAUAUCGAAGGUGAUGGUUAUGAUGCAACUACUGAUAAAGUAGAACUAACUCUCACCCAAGCAUUAUAUGCGAUUAAAAAUCGAAAAAGAACUGAACCGUUGGAUGGGAUUUAUUCCAUUUUAGGAUUGUUGCCAUAUGGGAAAGAUGUUACGGUUGAUUAUUCAACAAAUAAUACUUCAGAAAAGGCAUUAGUAGAGGUGAUGAAAGUAGCUAUUGCUAAUGGUUAUGCCGAACCUUUAAGUUGGCAUGGGGAGAGUAAUAAUGGUGAGGGAUUAUGUUGUUUACCACAGAUAGAUAAAGAGGGUUCUGCUAGUGUAAUGGGGAGUGUGGGAAAAGUUGGUUCUAUACUUAAAGAUGUUAAUGGUAAAACUUAUGAAUUAAUAUCUUUCACCGACCAAGGACUUGAAUUCGAUGCUCUAAUGCCCCAUUACACCAUCCACCAAACUAACCAAAAUACUCACAAGCUAGAAAGUGGUUUUGAAAUUGAAGGUGGAUUGUUUAGAAAAGAGGUGGUGGUGAAACCGAGAGAGAUGGAAGAAGUAAUAAAUUUAAGUUUGUUAGGAACUAAGGAAACUUUGGAUUUAGUCCAAGAGGGUAAUCUGCUAGUAGUUCUUCAUAAAGAACUUUUUGGAACUAAUAAACUAUUUGCUCUCUUGGUAAAAGAAACUAACCAAACUAAUACUUACCAUCGCUUAGGUUUAGUAGAAUUAGCGAAUAGUGAGGGGGUGAAGUUUGCUACAUGA